AAAAGCUCUAACUCCACGCUGUCCCUGUCUGUCCUUCUAUCAGAGGCCCAGAGGAAGCUGAUGCCAGAGACGGUGGUACCGGGGACCGUGCCGACCAAGUCCCCCACCGCCAUGCAACUGACCAGGGAACUGCUUAAGGAGAAGGGAAUCGCUGGGCUGUACAAGGGCCUGGGGGCCACACUGCUCAGGGAUGUUCCGUUCUCCAUCAUCUACUUCCCUCUGUUUGCCAACCUGAACGACCUGGGGAAGAGAGGAGCGGAGGGCCCCGCUCCGUUCUAUGUCUCAUUCCUGGCAGGCUGUCUGGCUGGCAGCACGGCCGCCGUGGCUGUUAACCCUGUAGAUGUGAUAAAGACCAGAAUCCAGUCUAUGAACAGAGGGAGUACAGAGGAAACCUACAGCGGAGUGACUGACUGUAUCAGUAAAAUCAUGAAGAACGAGGGUCCCUCUGCGUUCCUGAAGGGGGCGUACUGCCGUGCCCUGGUCAUCGCGCCCUUAUUUGGUAUCGCCCAGGUGGUCUACUUCUUCGGGGUGGGAGAAUACAUCCUCAGCUUCCUGCCUGGCAACUGAGAACAUCAACCAAUCGGAUCUCUGCCUUUCCCUCUCUCCUCACGACUACGUCACGCACGGCACACCCAAAGACACUGGGAUCACCUCUCGUCAUGAAAUAAGGUUUUGAUUGUUUGAACGACGCUCGUUGUUAAAGUACGACGAACACCAAUUUAGGAUCGUUUUUCGUUGACCCCUUUUGGCUUAAGAGCACCCCCUAGAGGCAACAACGUUUGUUGUUGUUUAUGUUAAUGUUUAGCCUCUUCCAUUGUCCUUGUUGUGUUGAAUGUAAUGCUAUGGUCGUGAGCACAGUAGUAAGAGUACUUAGGGAGAGAGAGAUGUGUUGAGGGCAAAAGCAACAUUCCAGUGGAAUUAAUGCCACAAAUACCAUGUUCUCAAACGAUGAUUAUCUUAUUUGUUUUUUUUAUAUAUAUUUUUGUUUUGAUAUAAAUUACAGGGUAGAUCUAUUGUCUGAGUAUAUGGUAGUUAUCUCCGUUAACCUCCAUAGUGUCAGAAUGAUCAUGCGAAUGACAACUAUUGCCUAUAAAUCACAUUUAAUAUUAAUGACUUAUCUUGUAGUAAUAUAACAAUGUUAAAAAAAAAAAAUGUAAAGGCUGGUCCAAAUGAAAGAGCUGGAUUUGAUGCUAAAGAAAACAAAGGAUCACUUAAGACUAUUCAAAGUUUACCAAGCAUGCUCAUUAAAGAAACAAAAUGCUCCAUACCUUAUUAUUGUUACCAGCUAUUACGUAGUAUACUUAAGCAGUAAGGCCUGAGGAGCUGUAGGUAUAUGGCCAAUAUACCACGACUGAGGGCUGUUCUUAGGCUGGGUAUAUGGCCAAUAUACCACGGCUGAGGGCUGUUCUUAGGCUGGGUAUAUGGCCAAUAUACCACGACUGAGGGCUGUUCUUAGGCUGGGUAUAUGGCCAAUAUACCACGGCUGAGGGCUGUUCUUAGGCUGGGUAUAUGGCCAAUAUACCACGGCUGAGGGCUGUUCUUAGGCUGGGUAUAUGGCCAAUAUACCACGGCUGAGGGCUGUUCUUAGGCUGGGUAUAUGGCCAAUAUACCACAACUGAGGGCUGUUCUUAGGCUGGGUAUAUGGCCAAUAUACCACGACUUAGGGCUGUUCUUAGGCUGGGUAUAUGGCCAAUAUACCACGACUUAGGGCUGUUCUUAGGCUGGGUAUAUGGCCAAUAUACCACGGCUGAGGGCUGUUCUUAGGCUGGGUAUAUGGCCAAUAUACCACGGCUGAGGGCUGUUCUUAGGCUGGGUAUAUGGCCAAUAUACCACGGCUGAGGGCUGUUCUUAGGCAACGCAGCCCUUAGCCGUCGUAUAUUGUCCAUAUAACACAAACCCCCUGAGGUGAAAAUAAAUGUUUUGUCAUACCUGUGGUAUACGGUCUGAUAUUACCACGGCUAUCAACCAAUCCGCAUUCAGAGCUCGAACCGACCAGUUUAUAAUAUGAAUUAGAGCUAAAAUGACAUCUUACAUUUAUAUUUAAACGUGUUUCAGGCCAAGACCCAUAGAAUAUCUUAAGUUGUGAACUAUAUACAAUUAUACAAUACUAACACUCCCAUUGGAUCUAACCUGAACAGCCCAGUCAUCCCUGCCUGUGAUUGGUUGUAAUUGCCAUUCAGCCAAUCACCUUAUAGCUCUGUGUGGACCCUAAUUGCCUUGUCCCUGGUGCUCUAUAGGGGGCAGCGGUCUUGGUGUUAAACAUUUGGGCCAGUGAAAGUACUGAUAUUAUAUCUGAAGACCAACCUAAUCUGCAAUAGAUUCUAUACAACAACAAAAAACAGAAUCAAUGAUAAUUGAUGAAGCCACUUUUAAUAUUGUCCAAAUGAUUUCUAACGGUUUAUUGUUGUUAUUAAUAUUUGGAAAGAUAUUCCUCUCAAACUUUAAAACGUGUAGUUUGACAUCUUUCCCAAACAAACAAGAUUGACAAACAAUGUGAAAACUUCUCUGCUAUUGACAUCUGAAAACAGAGCAGGAAUAACUUUUACCAAUCAAGAGGUUCAGCUGUUUUAGUAAUCACAUCAACUGCAUUUAUUAAGGUAACGUUCCACUGUUAACUUAACUGUCACAGAACUUUCAGAAAUGUCAAAUUAGAGUUGUUUUUAAAAAAUUUACAUUUUAUUUAACCUUUAUUUAACUAGGCACUUCAGUUAACACACUUCACUUAUUUACAGUGACGGCCUAACCCAGAUUGUGCGCCGCCCUAUGGGACACCCAAUCACGGCCGGAUGUGAUACAGCCUGGAUUCAAACCAGGGACUGUAGUGACACCUCUUGCACUGAGAUGCAGUGCCUUAGACCGCUGCGCCACUCGGGAGCCCCUAUGUGUGUGCCACCAUAGAAUUAGGAGUUAGAAUACUAGAAUGGACAUGAACCUGGGAUAAAGGUCAGCCAUGCUGGUCAGGGAGUUGGUCAACCAUGGUUUGCCAGUGCUGUGACAGGAAUUAGACAAGUUGUAAAUGCAACAAGUAUUGAUAUUGUAUCAUUAAAUAGCACUCACAGCUUUACAAUUUAUUUUCUUGGGGACAUUUAUGGUCUGUUUACAUAUAUUUUAGAAGCUAUUUGUACAGAAAAUGUGUAUAAAACUUGAAUAAACUAUUUUAGCUUUAGCUUGACAAAAAUUGUACGACACAAUUUCUCCUAUAUCACAUGCUGUACUUUUAUUUUCAUGUAUAAGUAAAAUCAUGAUUAUACCUCUGCUACCGUUCAUUCUGAUCAGACUGGUUUAGAUGUCUCCCUGACCAACAUGGCUGACAUUUUCCCUUCCAUUCUAGAACCUUGAGGGUUUAUGACACAGUAAUUGAAUAGGAUUCCGAUGGUGUGCACAUCACAUUCUAAGAACGAGACAAUAUGUAAACAAUGGGACUUUUGACAGAAAUCAGCUACUACUUUGGCCACUUUCAACAAGUUAAGAGCAUAUGAAAUCUUCGCCUGUUUCUCUCCUAUUUAAAUAUGAAAUCAAUCAGAACAGGAAUAACUCUACCAAUCUAAAGAUACAGCUGUUAGAGGAACCGCACCGACUGCUUUUUUUUUUGUUGAUAACUUUAAUAAAACAACUUAAAUUUUUAUCACUUUCCUGAAAAGCUAGACAAAAAGUUAGAACGUAUGAAAUCUUUCUCUACUAUUCAAAUCAGGGCAUCAGAACACUUCUACCACCAAGAUACUUGUCAAGAACUGGUGAAAGGCACACAAUUUUAAUUAAUGUAAAAUUACAAUCUAGUUGUGCUUUCAAUAGUGUACUAAAAAUAUUAUACUAAGAUUGUGUACUAUACUACAAUAGUGUACUAACAAUUGUUUUAUUUUCAGUCAUUCAUUGUACUAAAACUAUCUUUAGCUUGAGUAUGUUUUGUUUGUUGUUCUCUUGGCUGUUUGGGGAUCGAAGCUUCCAUGGUGUGGCUUUGUUGUAAAAUGCAUUUGUUACAUCACUGAAGGCCUGCCACACCAUUCAAAUCAAAUCAAGCUUUAUUUAUACAGCACAUUUCAGACAUGGAAUGCAAUGCAAUGUGCUUCACAGGGGGAAAAAAAACGAAUUAAAAACAAUGAAAAUAAAAACUUAAAUAUUUACAACCCAACAAACAUAAGAUAAAAGAAUGACAAAAAAAGCACACUAAGUAAAAGCUGUAUGUUUUGCAGUUGACCAAUGGCUUUCUUGGGUGGACCAGACAGGAGAGCAUUACAGUAAUCAAGUCUGUUUGUAAUAAAAGCGAUGAGUCUCUCUGUAUCAGCCUGAGAGAGAAACGGCCACACCUUGGCAAUGUUCCUCAGGUGGUAAAAAGCUAUCUUGUUCACAUUCCUGAUUGUGUGAUUAGAAAUUGAAUCCAUUUUUACAUGGUGUUUUAUCUUUAUUGCCCGUGAUUUAAAAUGUGCGUCCAAAUUCUCUGUCUGUGCUUUAGAUCCAACAAUAAGGACCUCAGUCUUGUCUUGAUUUAGCUGGAGGAAGUUGUGAGCCGUCUGGCAAGAGUUGAUCUUGCCAGACUGAUGCAGCUCUUCAGUUGUACUGGUUCAUUCCCUAUUGGCACACUAUUCCCUACAUAGUGCACUACUUUUGACCUACAUUUGGUAAAGCGUAGUGCACUACAUAGGGAAUAGUGUGCCAUUUGGGAAGGAUCCACUGUUGCACUGUUAACGUGAUCUAUCAUGUGUUGGGAGAUAACUGAGAUCUAUCAUGUGUUGGGAGAUAACUGAGAUCUAUCAUGUGUUGGGAGAUAACUGAGAUCUGUCAUGUGUUGGGAGAUAACUGAGAUCUAUCAUGUGUUGGGAGAUAACUGAGAUAUAUCAUGUGUUGGGAGAUAACAGAUCUAUAACGCUUAUCAAUAUUCCUUUCUGUAUGUAUGUAUGUAUGUAUGUAUGUAUGUAUGUAUGUAUGUAUGUAUGUAUGUAUGUAUGUAUGUAUGUAUGUGUUGUGUCCACCUCAGUAUAUCGCAGAUGAUAUGAACAUUUCCUUAUAUCUAUAGUUUUAUCGCACAUUUACCAGCUUUAUUUACACCCCUACCUCUCCAGCCCCCCUUCUCUCAAUCCAUGUUGUUGUUGUUGUUGUUUAUUAUUAUUAUUUUAAAGAAAUAUUCCAUUGAAGGAAUUCAUGUCAUUUUAAUGCAAAAAAAAAAGAA